AUGGGGAACUUGGUGAUAAAUGUCGGCUGCAAAGGAGGAUCGGUGGGGGCAGCUUCGGCACUGUGUACAUGGGUAACAGAUGCGGAUAGCCCAAGCCACUUCUUGAGGCUCAUCACACGCAAGGAACCAACAUCGAUACCGGUGAAGACGUCGCUAUCAAACUCGAACACGUAUCUAUCGAUCCCUCCUUACUGGAAGGCGAAGCCGAUACCUAUCGAUCCUUUUUCUGACGGUGUCGGUAUUCCACGAGUCCACGCUUAUGAGACGGAGUGUGAAUACAAUACUAUGGUGUUUGAUCUUCUGGGGCCGAGUCUGGAAGACCUUUUCAACUUCUGCGGUCGCAAGUUCUCUCUCAAGACUGUGUUGAUCCUCGUCGACCAGCUCAUUCGUCGUCUCGAAUAUAUCCAUUCCAAGAGCGUCAUUCAUCGAGACAUCAAACCCGAGAACUUCUUGAUGGGUGUGGGGAAGCAGGGGAAUCGGGUUUAUGUGACGGAUUUGGGCCUCGCCACGGAACGCCUUACUGCUCAGAUCAACGCCGGUCGUGCCCGGAAUCCACAUUUAAUUGGCACGGCCCGUUUUGCCAGCAUCAACGGUCAUUUAGGUGUUGUGCAACAUUGCUGCGAUGAUUUGGAAUCCCUCGGGUACAUGCUUCUCUACUUCCUCCGGGGCUCUCUCCCAUGGCAAGGUCUCAUGGCCACAGAUCAGACGCAAAAGGAAGAACUUAUCUUGGAGGAAAAGAGAAGGAUCAAUACAGAGGAUCUGUACGCGGAUCUCCCUCAGGAAUUUGCGGUUUAUUUCGACUACAUCCGUUCUCUUGAUUUUGACGAGAAACCGAAAUAUUCCAAUCUACGCAAAAUCUUCCGUGAUCUCUUCGUGCGCGAGGGCUUCGAUUAUGAUCAUGUGUAUGAUUGGACCAUCCUCGAAUAUCUGAGAAGGAAUUGUAAGGCGAGAUGCCUUACCGGAGGGAGGUUCAGAAGGGAGCUUAUCGGGGUUGACAAAGCAAUAGCUAUAAGGUCACGGCAGAUCGGUAUGGAUACAAAGAGACAACGUGCUCGGCUUAGCUGA